ACUGGGCUCAUGCGAAUCCUUCUGGAUGCACACCCAUGGAUAAAUUGCGGAGCGGAGCCGAUCUACCCAAUCCGAGUCCUAAACAUGCGGAAACAACUGGAAAUGACAAACAGAGAUUGGGGUAUCCAAGCAAACCUAUAUCCGGUGGCUAUUGAUCGUGCAACAAAAGCAUACAUCCGCGAGCUAGCCGUGAACAUGGUCGAUCCGACCCAGAUCUACUGCCUGAAACAACCUCUGAUGUUUGAGUAUCUUGAUGUCCUUGCCAAACUCUUUCCAACAGCCAAAUUUGUUCACAUCGUAAGAGAUGGCCGUGCAACUGUAGUUUCGUCGAUAACAAGAAGAAUAGUGAAACCUAUGCAUCCAGUGCAAGCUCUUAGAAUUUGGGAUGACGCUGUGAGGAGGGAGCUACAAUUCUGUCAAAACGUUGGUCGGCAAAGGUGCUACACAAUCUUCUAUGAAAAGCUGGUCAUUUCUGCGGAAAAGGAACUAAGAAAACUGCUAGGUACUGGGUUGGUUCGCGUAUUACUUGAUUCACAUCCAAUGAUCAACUGUGGUGCUGAACCGAUCUAUUCGAUGCAUGUGUUAGCCCUGAGAGAAGAUAUAAAGGAAUCCUCAAAAGACUGGCUCAUCAAAGCCAACAUCUAUCCAAAGGCCAUUGACCAAGCUACGAAGGCAUUCAUACGCGAACUGGCUGUGAACAUGGUGGAUAAGGCCCCAAUAUACUGUCAAAAACAACCAUUACUGUUUCGGCACUUGAACUAUCUGGCUGCACUAUUCCCAGAGGCAAAAUUUGUUCACGUUCUGCGAGAUGGAAGAGCAGCCAUCGCAUCGACAAUUGACUGGGGACCAUGCCCGAUGAUGUCCGUCAAAAAAUGUCUAUUCUCAUUCCUUUCUUACAGGAGAAAAAUAUAUCCGGGACUCACCCAUGAAAAUCCGCACACUGCCCUGCAAAUCUGGGAUAAGACAGUCCGCCAAAUGUUGGUUGAUUGUCAAGACCUUGGUCCCCAACGAUGCUAUACUAUUGUUUACGAAAAAUUGGUGUUGUAUCCGGAGCAAGAACUGCAGAAACUUCUAGGCAAGUGUCAUACAAAACGCUUUUUGGAGGUUCCGUGGGAUCCGAUCGUUCUCAAGCAUGAAACAAUUCUGAACAAUCUGUCCUACUUGAAUCCUUACGAGGCCAGUACAAAACAAUUCUCAAGAAAAAUAAAUACAGACUCUCUGUCCAAAUGGGCUAGCUCCGAGUCAAUUUUGCCAGACUGGUUCAAAGCUCAAGCAGUGGAUUACUCAAGUCUACUACAUGAAUUGGAAUACGACAAAGUUGGAGUCCCGCCCGACUACAGUAAACUCCCUGAGGUUCUUCCACACAUUCGGUAA